UUCAGAGAGGCUGCAGCCACUUCUGCCUUGCUGUAUUCUUCGCAGGUAUCUCACUCAUUUCCUCGCCAGAACAAGUCACCUGGAUUUUAAAAAACAAAACUAAACAAAACACAAAGAAAAGAAAAGCAACAAAUCUUUUUCGACGUGCACUCCACCCGAUGUGAAAAAGACAGAGAGGGGAAAGGAGAGCAGAUAAAACAGAAGAGAAAUGGGAGCGUUCAGAGUGCUGCUGGGGAGUUUACAUUACAUGGGACUCUACAUGCAACUUAGUGUCUCCACAAGGCAAGCUGGACACGGCGAGAUAGAGAACCACAUCUCUGGGAACGCCAUGUUCACAGAGGUGCCUCACGAUAUGACUGCUCAGAGAGGUCAGGAUGUGGAGAUGGCCUGCUCCUUCAGAGGGGCGGGAACACCCUCGUAUUCGCUGGAGAUCCAGUGGUGGUACAUCAGGAACCAUCUCGACUGGACGGACAGACAGCCCUGGACAACCAAUGAAGUGGCUCCUGAGGAGGAGAUGCCAAAGGAUGCUACAAAGAUAAGUGUUGUGAAGGUCGUGGGAAGCAACAUCUCCCACAAACUCCGUCUCUCCCGAGUCAAGCCGUCCGAUGAGGGCACCUACGAAUGUCGUGUCAUCGACUUCAGCGAUGACGCAGGUGCCCGCCACCACCGUGUCAGAGCCUACCUGCAGGUGGUGCCAGAGAGCGACAUAAUUGACAGCAGCCACAAUGACAACUUUGAGACCCUGGACGAUACCAAGGAAGGAGUGGCAUUCGUCGACGGGGGCGACAUGGAGUCACAUGGUGGUACCAAAGAGCACGCUCACGGCCAUCACCAGAAUCACGGGCACCACCAGGAGCACGGCAAGCGGCCUUCAUCGCCGGCCCACCAUGGCCACAGCCACAGCGGCAGCAGUCAGCAACACAAGGCAGGCAGAGAGCUGAGGAAGAGGGACGUGGACAGUAACCACAGCCACAAUGACUGCACCAACGAGCCGAGCUGGGGGAAAGAAACAUGCUUUCUUCAGCAGAAACUCAUCAAGGUCCCAAAGCAGCAGCGCUCAUCAAGGACAGAUACGGCCUCAAUUCAUUUGAGUUGGAGGAAAUACUGCGGGAAGUCUGAGAUUUCUUCCCCAUUUGUGCGGAGUUCAAACAAAGCACACCACAGGCUUUAUUUUCCCCCACAGCACUUUUGAGCUUAUGAAUUUGCAACCCAACAAAAAAGAUGUGAUUUUUUUGUUCACCCCCUUGUGCUGCAGGUUUAAUCCAUUCAUGGCUGUUCAGGCUGAGAGGAAUCAAUCGUGUUGUUCCAUGUGGACCCCACCUGUUUGGAAAGCCAUGAAAAGACUCAAAUCUGUGCCACUAAAUUAAAAAUCUGACUUGGUGUGCCUCUAAAUCCACUCUGUGACUAGAAAUCAAUGGAAGAAAUGUGAUCUUGGUGAUACUUUUUUUGGAAGAGCAGUGCUGUAUCCCGGCUUAGUUCCCUUAUUCUGAUGCUCCAGCCCAGUGCUCAUCAAUCAUUUAAAAAGCCUCAAUCCUCUCCACUACAAGCCUCUAAUCCACUCUGUAUAUAUGACUGUAUAAUAUGAAAUAAAGUGAGUGCAUGUUCAGUAAUUUUCUUAAAAACUUUUUCAACCAACCAUACACAAAGACAGUGUGUUAGUUAUGGAUAUUUUGUCAUUUAUUUAUUUGGUUCAUUUAAAAAAAAAAAAAAGUCCAUUCAGUUCGGAUUUUUUUUUUCUACUUUACAAGUCCUGUCUAAUAGUUUUUCAAAGCAGUUUUCCGUUGCUUUACCGCUCUCCAGAAGUGCUGUACAGACAGAUGAAUGACAUAUUCUCUUCAUAGCUGCUCAGAAAGGGGUUUCCCUUAUGUAUCUUAGUACUUAAAGCAGUGUUUCUUAAACUACUGUACUGUAUGUGCAGGGCCGCACACAUGAGUGUUACCGUGUUUUAAAUGAGCUUGAAAGUGGGAUUCAUUUUGUGCAGUUUGGGACUUUGGUCUGAAAAGAUCUGAGAGGCCAUUUUACUUCUGCCAACUAAUAAUCUCUUUGCUUAGAUGCUCGUGUGAAGCGCAGGACAGUGCUUUACUCCGAAGGGAUCAAAUGGGGCAAAGUGAAUGUGGGUGACAUGCUGGAUGAAGCCUCGAGCAGUGAGGGCGAGAAGUAAGAGAGAAGUGUUGUUAGUGAAACCCUGAAAUUGGCUGUUCAUACCGUCUCAAAAUAUAGUCUGUGUCUCAAGGCCAUGCAGGGCUUUAUUUCUCUGCUGUAGGGGAACAUUGUUGGCAGUCCCUGCAGAGGGGGAGGGAGAUUUAGUGAACAGAGGAGUGAUCAAUUGGGUGUUUUUUUUUUUUUUCAAUGAGUAACUUUGAUUUGAUGUUUUGUAAAGAAGAGAUCACUGUUAAAAAAAAGAGGGAAAAUGUACAUUUCUUCUAGAAUGUUUGGUCUCACACUAAGUGUAUGGCUUUAUCAAAUGAAAUAAAUUGUAUAUGAAACAACAGUGAAUCUAUGGUCAUUUUCUCAUUGAUUUAGAGACGUGAAAAAGAUAGAAGUCACAACAAGCUUAGAUUUCAUUUCAACCCACCCGGACAGUCACUAUGCAUUUAUAUCUAAAGGGUUAUUGUGGGUGUUUGUUUAGUUCUAUGUCAGCUGUGGUUUAGCUUUUGGCCCCCGCUCUGUGCGAGUGUCUGUCCGUGUGCGUUAAGGAGAAACGAUAUUAGGCAGUUGCCUGUGUGUAAUAGGUGCUGCCAAAGCCCCACUCCCAUUGCUGCUGAUGACUAAUGGUGCUAUUGUCAGCACUGGCAGCAGGAUAAAUAGCAACAGCACAGCAUGAGAUAAAGAGGCACUGUGCCGUGCUCGCUAGCAUUAAGCCAGGCCAGCUAAAUACAAAACACGUGGCGAUCUUGUUUCACACUAGAAGGCUCAUACAUUCAUUAUGGAGCGAUGAGGUGGAGAGGCUCCGGGUUCUCUCAUCGCUGAGGUGAUGUGAUAAUGGAGGGGGCUUCCUGUUUCCUUCAUCUGAACAUCCCAAGCACCCUGUAGGGCUCUGAGUGAUAACAGGUACAAUGAUAGAUUGGCCACUAUCCCUGUCAUGAGGCGUUCAACUCCCCCAUAGUUACACAACCUGGUGCACCCUGUU